AUUUUGUAAGAUAGCUAAUGUACACAAUUCGACAGCAGAUGUAAUUUUCUAUCUAUAAUGUUUUGCUUAGCUUUUAAUUUUUAAAAGAAAAAGUAAAUAAGGCACUGAACGCAAAACCGAGGACAGUCUAAGUUGCAUGAACGUCAAACGUCCCACAAUUAACUUUUGAUUACAAUCGUGCAGUUGUAGUUAUUGAAUACAUUUCUUUAUCUAAUAAAUACUUCCUAUAACUUUUAUAAGUGCGUAUAAUAUAAUCUUUAUUUUAAUUUUUAAAAGGAUGUUUAAAAACAUAUUUACAAUAAUUCUUCUAGUGUACGUUUGUAUCACUCAUGGAGAUUGCAAUUGUCCUAAAAUUAUUAAGCGGAAUCAAUGGAGUACUACAGACUCAAAGAGUGUGAAUUAUUUAGUUAUUCCCCUUCCUUAUGUCAUAAUUCACCAUACAGUUACCCCGGAAUGUAGUACAAAAGCUGAGUGCACUUCUAGAGUCGAAAGUAUUCGUUCUUAUCACAUGGAUGUCCUUGGAUGGCAUGACAUCGGAUACUCAUUUGUAAUCGGUGGUGACGGAAAUAUUUAUGAAGGUACGGGCUGGAAUCGCGAAGGAGCUCAUACGUACGGAUAUAAUAAAAAAUCCGUCGGAAUCGCUUUCAUAGGAAAUUAUCAAGAUAAACAGGCAAGUCAGAAAAUGUUGAACGCGGCACAUCAAUUAAUCGCUUGCGGAAAAUCACAAGGAGUGCUUCGAGAUGAUGUUCGCGUACUCGGAGGCAGACAAGUUGAAAAACGAACUGUGCCUGAAGAGUACUGGAAUGUAACCUGCCUACCUUGAAAAGUGAUGCGUAUGCGCUUAAUAUAUUGACCCUAACUUUCUUUGUGACGAAUUUGAAAAAAAAAAACUAUUUUGACUCAUUCGUGCGCUUGAGUGCAUCCUUUGUCAACAUUGUCUCAAUUGAACGUUUUUGUUAUCUAACGCUUGAAAUACCUAUAGCUUAAAAUGUAAUAUGCAUGCUA